CAAAUGUCUUUAGCUAACCCUCCGUACGUUCCACUUCUCUCAUUCCUUCGAUCUAGAUGGAUCAUGGCAAAUUGAAAUCCUUUUCGCUCUCAUGCCUCGCAGCCAGAAUACGGCUUCCGGAAGGCUCAUGAUCGUUGCGAGUGUCCGUGCCAAACCAGGGAAAGAAGAGCCUCUUGCUGAACUCCUCAAGCUUAUCCAGAAACGCGCCAAUAGUGACGAAGAGCCUGGAACUUUCACUUAUCGUGUAACUCGUCGCAUAGACGCUGAGGGAAAAUAUUUACCUACAUUCGUUGUUGUGGAGGAAUAUGAUGGUGCUGCUGGAUUGAAAGACCAUAUGGCUGCCCCUCCGUUCCAGAAUCUGAUCAAAAUUGCUAAGGAGCAGGAUCUUAUGGACGGUGAAGUGGUGGGUGAUUUUUUGGAUGAAAUUUGAGAACAGAAUGAAAUCGGAUGUAUUUGUAUUCGUUCCCUGGUAAACAAUGUGACCUUCUUACCCCCUGUGAAGUAGUUCGCAAGAGAUAUAUGUAUGUAUGCUUUGCAAUCCAAGUCAUUUCAUUGGCUUCGAAAACGGAAAGAGCGACUGGAGGCCAAGAUGUCCAAGGCUUAUAGCAGAUUUUUACAAGGAAUGAAGAAGAGGGAUAUGGGGAUUGUGGCCGUCUGCCUUAUUCAGAGACAACGGAUUUUCGUGGAUGUUUUGUGUCUUGUGAAUCGUGAUGCAACGUGUCAAGAUGAGUAACGGGAAAACAUCUGCAGCAUGGGAGUGGUGUGGAGUGAGGGAUGUGCCAGUGAGGAUCUUUACAAAUUUAGUCCAACAGUAAGGGGGGGUCUGAAAUGUCUAAUAGUAAAGGUGCCUAUCGCC